AUGGAUCCCCUCACCAACAAAGUCAUAAAAGUGAGCAUCCCUCGCUCCUCCCUAGACUCAAUCCCUACCUCCUUCGCGACUGUUUCCCUCGGUAAACCGUCCGACUCUCUCCUGUUGAAAUUGUCUGCCAUCUCCUCGGCCGGCUUCAAGGGAGUGGAGCUCGGCUUCCCCGAUCUUGUUUCUUUUGCUUCCGAGUACCACAAAAAGGAGAUCAAAGAGGAUGAUUAUGAUCGCUUGUGUGAAGCAGGAAAGGGGGUGAAGAUGAUCUGCGAGCAAUCCAACCUGAAAAUCAUCAUGCUGCAGCCGUUCUCCAAUUUCGAGGGCUGGAAGAAGGGGAGUAAGGAGAGGAAGGAGGCAUUCGAGAGGGCGAAGGGCUGGAUUCGUAUCAUGCAGAGUGUCGGCACCGAUAUGUUACAGGUGGGCUCCAGUGACUCGCCAAAUAUCUCGACGUCAAAGGAAGACAUAGUCUCCGAUAUCCGCGAGCUGGCAGACAUGCUGGCUGAGCACAAGUUGCGUCUGGCGUAUGAAAACUGGUGCUGGUCGACUCAUGCGCCAACUUGGCAAAAUGUAUGGGAAAUCAUCAAGGAGGUUGAUAGACCAAACGUCGGUCUCUGUCUUGACACUUUCCAGACUGCCGGCGGCGAAUACGGCGAUCCCACGACGUCCCACGGCCUCAUCUCUGACAAAGGGAUCCAGCAUAAACUUGAAAUGAACUUCAAAGCUUCGCUCCUCGCUCUAACGCGCGAAGUCCCUCCUGAGAAAAUCUACCUUCUUCAAAUAUCAGACGCUUACAAAAUGACCACGCCUAUAAGAGACGAGGUUGUGGAUGGGUUGAAACCGAGGGCCAGAUGGAGCCAUAGCUACAGACCGUAUCCUUUCAACGGUGGAUAUCUGCCUGUGGUGCAGGUUGUGAAAGCGGUGCUGGGGACGGGCUUCAGGGGCUGGUUCUCCAUGGAGGUCUUUGAUGGUGGCCCAAGCGGGUCUAAAUUUACGAAAAUAGAGGACUUCGCAUCGUUUACGAAGGGAGCCAUGGAGAGCCACAGGAAGCUAUUGGACGCGAGUGCGGAUAGCUAG